UAAGGUCGGAACGUAGAAUAUAAUUGUGACUCACCUCGCAGCUUCUCGCGAACGCAUCUUUAGGUUUAUAAACCAACUCCCAUCUCUGGAGCUUCCCCUAAUCCGUUCUUUCGUCGAUCGAAGACCAGGGAGUGAAAGGAUUUUGAUCGUUACUAGAGGGGGAAAGAAGACACAAGUGAUCAUGGAUAAGGAUAGAACCCAUGACUGGGAGACUCAUGGAAGGAGCAAUGACAUCGACGAGAGCACACCGAUGGACAAAGUCAAAGCUCCCAAUGUGUUUGAACGAGCAAAGGAAGAGAUCGAGGCCCUUGUAGAGACUAUCCACUCGAAGAGAACCCCAGAUCAUGAGCAACAUGCAAAGAAAGAUGGGUCAAAGGAAGGGACUGAAGAACCUCUGCACAAGGAGAAAACACAUCAUAAGGAGACCCAUGGCAUGAGUGAUGAUAUUGAUGAGGACACUCCUAUUGAUAAAGUCAAAGGCCCAAACGUGUUUGAACGAGCCAAGGAAGAAAUCGAAGCUAUCGUGGACACUAUGCAUCCAAAAGAUGAAUCCAACAGUAAGCCACAAAAGAAGAAAGAUGGAUUCUGGGAAUUCCUUGCAAAAUGUUUUGGUAAAUUCUGCUCUCCUCGUAGCCGAAAGAGAGAUUAGCUGUAAAGUUCUAUGUGAGUUUUGCUGAUUGGUUUCCCAUAAAUCGACAAAUUGCUUGUGCGGUUAUUUGUGCAGCGAAAAGUAUGAGGUCCUGCAAACAGUUCACAUUCUGGUUUGCUUGCAGAAUCAAUCAAUUUGUUGUCAAGGAACAUGUCUGAUCUUGGUUUCAAAGAGUAGGGGGAUUUAUAAGAUGUUGGAUCUUUCUUUGUGACGAUGUUCAUAUCAUAAAUGUCAAGUCUCUUUGUAUAAA